AUGUAUAGGGCGGCAGUAGCCUUGGUGGGAGAGGUAUGGGAGGGAGCCAAGCCGAAGGUAGUGGACCGAAAGGAUCUACCUGUACGUCCGCGAGCACGUGUCUGGCUCCCCUCCGAACCCUUUGCUUCGAAGGAGUUGGAGGAAAUACCCUGCUACUGCAACCCUACACUUCCCACGCACAACUGGAGGGUGGUGAAGGUGGAGAAGACUGAGGGAUCAUAUCGGCAAGUGCUGAUUCCGCUGAAUGCAGAGUCUCUCAGUCCUCUCGCUGAAGCAAAAGGGGUCAUUAACUAUGGCUUCGAGAAGGUAGUCCUUAAUGUCUACCAAACCGAUGCCAGAGGAGAUGCCCCUGCACAUCCAGACGUGCUGGGAGACGUAAUGCGCACAGUGGAGGAAGCUCCUGUGGACAUGGAAGGGGAAUCCGUCAUGUCAGAGGGUGACAAUGCUGAUGACUCAAAGAUCAGUCAAUUAAAGGCUUUAGUUAAAGAUAAACUGGUGUCGCUCAAAAUCGAUGUUGCCACUAGAAUGGAUAAAUCCAUUUUAGGUGUAAAUUUGCAGUUAAUCGAUGCAAGCCUUUAUACAACUGAAAUCGUUGUAAAAACGUUGGGCAUGAUCCAACUCGCGGAUUCCCACGCAGGUGUAUACAUAAAGCAGAAAAUUUUAAAAAUUUUAAUGGAUUAUGAAAUAAAAGUGGAACAAAUUUUCAACAUAACAUCUGAAAACGGAAGAAAUAUGAUAAAAGCAGUUCAAGUUUUAAACGAUGCUACAGAGGAAUCUCCUUUUAACGAUGAUACGAGUACGCAAGGUGAAACUAUUAUGGAAGAACUAGACACCAUUGAUUUGGCCAAUAUUCACCUAGUGAGAUGUGCAGCAUACACGUUGCAAUUGUGUGUAAUUGAUGUAAAUAAGGUGAACGAGAUUAACGAUAAAAUUUGUUCUUGUCACACAUUAUGCAAAAUGCUGCGCACAGAAACUAAUAGACUUAAGUUGCCACAUUUGAGUGCACUCGCGCAGGUUAUUCUAGCAACACCGGCAACUCAGGUAUCUGCAGAGCGAGCAUUUUCUGCCCUUCAUUUUAUUUUAAGUGAAAGACGAAGCUCUAUAUCAGCAGAAAAUCCUAACGCGUUAUUAGUUGUUAAGCUAAACUCCAUUUAA